AUGUCGAGUAUCUUCACCUUUAAUCCCUCCCCGCCAAAGCCUGCUUCGCCUUGGGCAAAUAAUACACCUAUUCAUCCUUCUCCAUCAACAACACCGAGCCCAUUACCUGCAGCAACAGAAUCGAUCACAGAUGACACCCCCGGUCAUCUCAAGACAAAUAGUAAUUCCGGUCGAUUCCGUGGAAGCUUCAUCGAUGCCAACCACAAGAGAUGGGGUGAAGGUAUUGCAACCGAUGAUGGGGGGGUGGUAAGGGGGUUGAUAUCGGAACCUCAAAUGGGACCGACCGAGUACAAGCUGAGUCUUAUCAGAGGAGGGAAGAGUGAAGCACGGAUGGAUCAAUUGACAACUCAAUUGCUAUGGAGAUUACAGCAGAGUAGCCCAUAUCAUGGAAAUUCUCUUACGUCUAAAUCCCCGGGAGCUAUCUCUUCUUUGUUACAGGAGUCACAGGGAGCGCUCUAUGAGAUUGGGGUCGCAGACGAUGGGACUUUUGUCGGUCUCAGUGAGGAAGAAUUACAUGCGUCUCUUGAUACUUUGCGUGGUAUGGCGGCGAGACUUGGGUGUAGUGUAACCGUUGUCCGUAAAGUCUGCGUAGGCACGGUUGAUGGGCGUGAGAUCAAACGAGCUGAAGCGAAGCUUGCUGAGUAUAUCAAAGCUAGGCAACGAAAUCAGAAAAUUACGAAGAUGAUCCCCGAAGAUAAUUACAAUGGUGGUUUAACGGAGACAAUCGACGGCGCUGAUACGGAGAAAUUUGGAAUUCCUAGACUUGGAGACAGCCUGUGGGUUGCCGAAGCCUUUGUAAAACCUGGUGACGGAUCUCCAACUAUUCCGGCGAACGUGAACCCGGAAGAUGUUAUAAAAUUGCCUGAAACAAAAAGCAAUACAGAGCAACUCCGAAUAACACUAACCGGAGCAACGACUUGUGGUAAAACCACCCUUUUGGGGACUUUGAGCACAGGAGAGCUUGAUAAUGGGCGAGGCAAGAGUCGCUUGUCGUUACUACGUCAUAGGCACGAGCUCGUCUCCGGUAUCACUUCCUCUGUCGCGUGGGAGAUCGUGGGUUAUCGGCCCGAACCGCCGGACACAAACAAUGAGAACUUAACGAACGAAAGCGGAGCAUCCAGAAUAGUAAAUUACGCUUCUGGUAACAUAUCUUCCUGGACAGAUAUCCAUGCAUCGGCAGUAGGUGGUAGAAUUGCGUUCUUGUCUGAUUCUGCCGGUAAUACAAGAUUUAUCAAAGCUACUUUCCGAUCAUUGAUUGGAUGGGCUCCUCAUUACGCCGCUUACCUGAUCGCUGCAAAUAGUGAAGAUGAUAGCAGUGGAGUUUCUGGUCAUGGUGUCCACGCCCAUCUAACACUUUGUACUAAAUUGGGGCUAAGGAUGUUGGUCGUUAUUACAAAAAUGGAUCUAGCCUCGAAAACUGGGCUGAAGAAAGUAUUCUCCUCUGUACUGACCUACUUGAAAGAGCAUGGGAAAAAACCAGCGCUUAUCCCAUCAAUGAAAACGCUUAAAGAUGUUACUCGUGAUGUCGAAAUGGAUCCCGAGCAUGUGGUGCCGAUAUUAUUCACUUCCUCGGUUAAGGGCGAUGGAAUCGACUUGUUGCAUGCACUGAUUGCAAGUUUGCCAUUGCCAGAAUCCCUCAGAGCACCGGUUAUUGAGAGGGUUAUUGAACCUCUGCCAGGCACGAGUCUCGUUGGCGUCACAACCGGGACAGGAAAUCUUUCUGUCGUGGAUAACGGCGAAGGUAUGACGGUGAAAGUGGACGUCACCAAUGAUAAGGAGGAGUUGCCGUCUACGCUGUUUCAUGUUGAAGAGAUUUAUGGAAUACAGCCAGCAUAUGGGAACGCAGAUACGGAUGGCGGUGCAGUUGUGGGAGGGCACGUGAGAUACGGCAAAAUAUCUAUAGGAGAUGAGCUUGUCAUUGGGCCUUUCCCUCCUGUCAAUAGUCCACCUUCGAGAAGCGGAACGCCAACGCCGACGGCAACCCCUAUUCAGAACUUGAAUCUGUCAACAUCUGCAGGGCAUCUAUCGAGACAAUUUUCAAAAAGUCCUGAUAGUGGGGACGAAAGACGUGUUAGAAUAACUUCUAGACAAACUCCGACUCCAAAUAACGGUGAGGAUGACAUAGAGGACAUUAGUGGUGGAGAGUUUGAAUGGAAAACUGUCAAGAUUAUUUCAGUUCGAAGGUUAAGGUUACCUGUCAAUACCCUUUAUACAGGCGAGGCCGGAACCCUGGGAGCUGUGCCCAUUUUAGAGGAGUCUUCGAUCUUGGAUCCUGUCCUACCAAUCGAUCUCCGAGAUAUAAACAGCAAAUUAAGGAUUACCAUCGAUGAAGAUAGCGAUUGCAGCGACAGUACACAUCAUCUUUCGGGGACGCCGAAGAGUAUGAAAGCUGUCACAUUUGCAAAUCCUCCGCCAACAAACAUUCAUCAUCUCCCUAUGAAGUUAAGGAGGGGUAUGGUCAUCCUUAACCGCCCAUCAACGAAGUUAUGGCCAAAAGCACACGUUGGAUUUACAACAAAGCUCGAAGAUCCCGAUGCAUGCAAUUCACUAGUAAUCGGUAGUAGCGCUAUGGUCUAUAUUGCAUCCAUCCGUGUUGCAGCUAGAGUGGCUUCUAUCGAACCACCCCCUCCUCCUGUAACUGCCAUCAAGAGAAAAGACAAAAGUGACGAUGCACUUGGUGUUUUUAGCUUGGAUGAUGAAUUUGACUCCCAUUCCGAGGACGAAAAUACGGAUGAUUACUUAAAGGAAAGAUUAUACACUUUUGAGUUCAAUCACAGAGCGGAGUGGAUUGAGGAAGAUGCCACCGUAUUGAUUAUGCCUGGCGGUGGCGAAAAAGGGUUGGAAGCGUUUGUGGGAAAGGUUUUGAAUAGACUGGUGUAA